AUGCAGCUGGUAUGCCAAGUGAAAGCGACCAAGAAGAGGCGAACUAUCCCCGUAAUCGUAAGAGUGUCGGAUAUAAACGAUUAUGCACCGGUAUUUCAAGGCACGCCCUAUGAAACUAGUAUAUCAGAGUUAAUACCCAUCGGUUCGACGAUAUUCGACGCUAUACGAGCAUUGGAUCCCGAUGCUGGUGUGAAUGGUUUAGCAGAAUACUUUAUAAUACCCGGUGAUAAUAAAACACUGGAGGCUGCUAACGCGGUUGAUGGUUACACUAACUUCGAGAUCCCAAUACCUCACCAGGGUCAAGUCACUGUGAACAGGAGUUUAGAUUACGAACGGACACAGAAGUAUCUAGAUCGAGCUCGCGAUACUAAACGCCGUGUCUCAAGUACCACCACGUUGAACGUAAAUGUUCAAGAUGGAGACGACCAGGAUCCAUCCUUUAUAUACAAAGGCUGCACUUUACAUGACGGAGUCUGUAUCAACCCUGAGUAUAACACUUACGUAAACGGUGGUGUACUUGCUGGUAUACUGACCAUAGAACCUGAGAAGAUUCAAGCCGUUGACAUGGACACUCUGAACGCUCGUAUAAAAUAUACUAUAGAGAGCGGCGAACCCGAUUCAUGGGCGAGUUACUUUGAUAUAGAUCAAAGUACAGGCGCCGUGAGGCAACUUGUGCCUGUCGAUAUAAGUAUUGCUAAGAAAUUCCAAUUAGUUAUUAAGACCUAUUACCUAGCCAAAUUAACAAUAACAGACAGACCACCAGUAGUGACGUCAUCAUCAGAUGAAGGACAGGUUGAGGAAAACUCACCGAAUGGAACCAAAGUACUGGAUAAGUCUGGAAACCCUAUCAGAUUGACUGUAUCUGAUUCUGACUUGGUUGUAGCUCGUGAGCCGACGGGGGCUGCGUCACCGCCUUACUCACUAUCAGUGGAACUGUUAGAUGUUAAUGACAACGCUCCGGUUAUACCAAAAACACAACCCAUCACACUACCGGCCAGCCUUGAACCAGCUGCUGUAUACAGGCUGGUGAACAGUAUAGUGAGGGCUACUGACUCUAAACGAUUGAGUUCCCAAGGCAUCAUUGAGUUAGUAGUGACCCCCGGACCCAACACACGUCCACCACAGUUCAGUUCAAGGGAUUACUUCGCACCGGUAUUUGAAGGAGCCGCUAUCAAUUCCACUGUUACAACCGUUACUGCCAAAGAUCCUGAGAAUGAACCUGUUACAUAUUCGAUAGGGUCUGGGAACGAUCUACGUCAAUUCGCCAUCGGCUCCAACACCGGCAUUAUAACAGUUAUAAGACAUUUAGAUAGAGAAAUGAUAAGAGCCGAAGAUCCAGGACGCUUGACAACAACAGCCACAGUUAAUAUUAAAGUCACUGACAUUAAUGACAACAAUCCUAAAUUGGACAAAGAUUCCUAUUUGUUUAAAAUUAAAGAAGGAGUUGCAAACGCUGAAGUGGGCCAAGUGCAUGCUACUGAUUUAGAUGAAGGUGUAAACGCUAUGAUAACGUAUAGCAUUCCAUCUCAUCUGCCUUUCGCUAUAGAUAACUAUACCGGCGUUAUUAGUACUAAAACAGAACUUGACUAUGAAGAUACUAAGGAGUAUGCAUUCGUUGUGACGGCCACUGAUGGUGCGAUGGACAAACGUCUGGGCACGGCUUCUGUAUCAGUUUUAGUGUUGGAUGAACCAGAUGAGCCUCCGGUCUUCAUACAAGGAGUGUAUUCAGUUAGAGUGCCAGAGAACGCACCUAAUUAUCCAGUGAUUAAAGUACAUGCCGAGGAUCCGGAUACCCAACCGGAGAUUACUUACACUAUUAUAAAGGGCAGCACCGAUUUAUUCUCCAUUGAUCGUAAGACCGGCCUUAUAAGGACGUUGAAGCCUCUUGAUAGAGAGGAGUCGGCACGCCAUGAACUCAUAGUGGGCACUGAGGAGAAUAAUAAUGAUGGAAAUGGUUCUACAGCCACUGUUGAAGUAAUCGUUGAUGAUAAAAACGAUAACGCACCAAUAUUCACAUGUGUGGCUCGUCCGGUUACUAUAGAGGAUACGUCCUCUAUCGGCUGUUUGGUUGAAACAGUAGUAGCGUUAGAUUCAGACGCAAUAUCACCCAACAACCGUAUACGGUACGCACUCGCUGGACGAGGGAAAGCCAGUAUAUACUUCCACGUGGAACCGGAUACGGAAGCUGUGAAAGUUAGAGACGAUUUAAGGAAAGAGACUGAUAGUGAAUAUACCGUUGAUAUCCAAGCAUAUGACCAAGGAGUGUUUUACGUAAGACUAACAUCUGACAGAGACUGCGCUAUAUACCUCAAUAGUAGUCUAGACUACGAAACACUAACAGAAUACUCAUUGGAAGUGCAGCUCGAGUCUAUACAGGGUCUGAUAAACCCAGAGAGUAGUAAAGCGGUUAUAAAAAUACAUGUAACCGAUGUCAAUGAUAAUGCUCCUAUCUUCGUAUUCAAUGAGCAGUCUACGGUGGGAGGUGCGAAGGGUAAAUACUUCGCGAUAGCCACUAAGGAUAUGCCGUUGGGUACUAAUGUAUUGCAAGUUAAGGCUAAAGACAAAGACAGUGGUGACUUUGGUAAAAUAGAAUACCGUAAGAACUCAUGGACCAAAGCAGCUGAGGAAUAUUUCUCUUUGGACCCCGACACCGGCGUGAUAAGUAAUAGAAAGACAUUCGAGAAUGUUCCAAAAGACGUAUUACCAUUCAAAUUCAACGUUAUGGCGAGAGACAACCCCAAGUCCGAGAAUUAUAAGAUAGCUCGAGCUUCUUUUGUGAUAAAUCUCCUCCAAAAAGACAAUCAGCUUAUCAUAGAAGUAGGUAAUUUGAACGUGGAUACUAUGACGACUCAACAAGCUUGUAGUCUGCUCGCAUCUGUUGAAGAAAGAAGUGGUUUAGUGGCAGGAUUGGAGAAAUUGACUCCUGGACUAUAUUUAGGAGAAAACAGUACUUUAGAGAGUGACCCUAGCGGAACUAGUGUGUGGUUGUACUUGAUAGACCCGAAUACUGGUGAAAUAUUGACAAGAGAAUCACAGCCGGUGAAAAAAGCCGUCGAGUCUGGUGUAUCAAUCCGAGCGCCUCUCACCCCGCCCGCUUCUCGCCGGCCACAGCUAGCGGCGGCGGUACUAGCGACCGCUCUGCCCGCUGCUCUACUGGCGCUGGCAGCGUUAGUACUUGUUGCUGCCACCGCUGCCACUAUAUACAUAUGCGCUUCUUGGAAUAGAUAUAAAAAACACAAAGAGCAAGCAAUACAACAAUACGGAACCCUCAGUAUGAGUAUGGCGCCGCCGCGACCACCGUCAGGGUAUGAGUCUAGUGAAGAAGACCCCGCUCCCAGAUUUGAAACACAGGUUCUCAAUAUGUCUGUCGAUGACGCAGAUCUACAAUUGGACUUCAGCGAAAGAAGUCCAACAUUAUCAGAAACAGCGACUACAGCGAGAGCGUCGAGUAUAAACGAGAACGGUGGUACAUUGAACAAAGUUCAUAACUUCGACAACAACGAUAACAACGCGACCAUCGCUCGCAACACACAGACGUUGAACCGGAGGACGAAUAACAACCAUCCCUUGAACAACUCACUGGGGACGCUGCCGCGGGUCAAUAAUAGUGUAGCGGGAGGACUACUGGCCGCGACGCUGGGGAGGAAAAUAAACACCGGCAACCACAAGAAGAAACAGACGCAACCUAUUAUGGCGUACGACGAAAUACCCGGGUUACAACGAUCCACGGAUAAUGAUAAUGUAACGUUCGGAAAGAGAAAUUUCACUGGUUUCUCAUACGAACAAUCCCCCGUGGAAACUACCACAGAGCUAUAA